UAAACAAUGAUUUAAUUCGUGUCCUGUAUUGUUUUGGUUUUUGCAUAUCAAAAAGAGGAUGCGCAUUUCUCGAAACUCAUUUUCUAGAACGUAUUAAAGAAAACAAUAUUUUUCAAACAUUUCAUAUUGGUUAAACUGAACGUUUGGUCAGACUAUCUAAAUAUGAUUACAUUCGCUAUGUGGCUUUUUGUACUACCUGUUGCAGUAUCAGGUGUGAGGGAGAUACCAUAUAUAACAGCUCAUUAUGGAGAGAAUGGACAAAAAGUUUAUAAAAUGAAGCUAUCAUACCCAUCUAUCAAGAUAUAUGAACCCGACCAAUAUUUUUGCUACACAAGAUAUUUAGAAGAACUGGACGAAGUAUAUGUCUUGAGCACCUUAAUUGAAAUUAAUCAUGAAUAUGUACAUCAUGCAGCUUUAAGUUUUUGUGAAGAACUUGAAGAUAAUGCAAGUCAUCGACCAUGGGAAUGUACGGAGAACAGAAAAUAUUGCAAAGGUGGGGCAGUAAGCGUUUUGAUAUUUGAUGACUACUACAAACCUGAAGAUGGUUUAAUGACGUUUCCUAAAGACGUAUCACUUAAAGUUGGAUUUUCCACCAUAAUGAGGCAUAUUACUUUUGAGAUGCACACUAAAGCAGUAGUGACAGAUUUUCAUUAUCCCUUAGUGAAUGUUACGUUGACAUUUACCAGAACUCCCACCAAAUAUAACUACCAAACUCAUUUACUGCUGACUGAAGGAUUUAUUCCCGCCAAUAAGGAAAAAGGAUAUUUUGCGGAAACAGCUUGUAGCUGGAGUAAGCCUGAUGUUGUUGCAUUUGCUGUUCAAUUACAUACACAUCAUUAUGGAUAUUUGGCUGAAAUGUAUAGAGUUCGAAACGGUACUUGGACCUUAAUGGCGAGUCAGUUAACACAAGUCAAAACUAAGGUGUUAUUACCAGUACCUGGAGGGGCAAUUGACGUACAACAGGGAGAUGUCCUGGCUGCAAAAUGUCUGUAUAUCAACAAAGAUAACAAGCCAAUUCUAUUCGGGGAAUCUGAUGGUCAAGAGAUGUGUAAUGUUGAUAUCCAUUUUGGUUACGAAUUCAGACAUGAAGAUAUUUUUAAACGGUCAACUGCGUGUAUGACGAAACAACCGGAGUUUUCAUUUUGUGACCACGAGGCGACAUCAGGAAUUUGUGGAGAUAAUAACAAAAAAGACAUGUAGAAAAUAUGUUGAACCGUUUCCUUUGGUGUAUUCUUAUUUUGGUUCAGUGAUUACAUGUUUAU